AGGACCCCGAGAACCAGCGACAAAGUGUUAAACGAAUAGCCAACAAAGCAAAUACAAUUAACCAGAACUGGAAGCACGUCAGUCCAGCCGCAGAAGCAGCUAAGUUCAGACCAAACUCGGAGAUUCCCAGCCAGGAGAUAGGACCAGGAGCCAACCAGACGAGGAGCAAAGAAGCAGAAAAGAGUGCGAACAAUGUGCGCCGCGCUGCGUCGUAAUUUGUUGCUGAGGAGCCUCUGGGUCGUCCUGGCCAUUGGCACUGCUCAGGUUCAGGCCGCAUCGCCGCGAUGGGAGCCCCAGAUUGCCGUUCUCUGUGAGGCCGGACAAAUCUACCAGCCGCAGUAUCUUUCCGAGGAGGGACGCUGGGUGACGGACCUUAGCAAGAAGACAACCGGUCCCACAUGUUUGCGUGAUAAAAUGGAUUUGCUUGAUUACUGCAAGAAGGCCUAUCCCAACCGAGACAUAACCAACAUUGUGGAGUCGUCCCACUACCAGAAGAUCGGCGGCUGGUGUCGCCAGGGGGCAUUGAAUGCGGCUAAGUGCAAGGGAUCCCACCGAUGGAUCAAGCCAUUCCGCUGUCUCGGACCAUUCCAAUCUGACGCCCUGCUAGUUCCCGAGGGCUGUCUGUUCGACCACAUCCACAACGCCUCCCGAUGCUGGCCAUUUGUGAGGUGGAACCAAACCGGAGCAGCCGCUUGCCAGGAGCGCGGAAUGCAGAUGCGCAGCUUCGCCAUGCUUCUGCCCUGCGGAAUCUCGGUCUUCUCCGGAGUGGAGUUCGUCUGCUGUCCCAAGCACUUCAAAACCGAUGAAAUUCAUGUAAAGAAGACCGACUUGCCGGUGAUGCCGGCAGCUCAGAUCAAUAGCGCCAAUGACGAGCUGGUGAUGAAUGACGAAGACGACAGCAACGACUCGAACUACUCGAAGGAUGCCAAUGAAGACGAUCUGGACGAUGAGGAUGAUUUGAUGGGUGAUGAUGAGGAGGACGAUAUGGUGGCGGAUGAGGCAGCUACCGCAGGCGGAAGCCCCAACACCGGUUCCUCAGGUGACUCAAAUAGCGGAUCUUUGGAUGACAUAAAUGCGGAGUACGAUAGCGGAGAGGAGGGUGACAACUACGAGGAGGACGGUGCUGGUUCCGAAAGCGAGGCUGAGGUUGAGGCCUCCUGGGAUCAGAGCGGAGGGGCGAAGGUUGUGUCCCUAAAAAGCGAUUCCUCAUCCCCGUCUAGCGCUCCGGUUGCUCCCGCCCCCGAGAAGGCACCUGUGAAGUCCGAAUCGGUCACGAGCACUCCUCAGCUGUCUGCCUCUGCCGCUGCUUUUGUAGCUGCCAAUUCUGGAAACUCGGGAACCGGAGCCGGAGCACCACCAUCCACUGCACAACCCACAUCGGAUCCCUACUUCACCCAUUUUGAUCCGCACUACGAGCACCAGAGCUACAAAGUAAGUCAGAAACGCCUUGAGGAAUCGCACCGCGAGAAGGUCACGCGCGUUAUGAAGGACUGGUCCGAUCUCGAGGAGAAGUACCAGGACAUGCGCCUAGCGGAUCCCAAGGCAGCCCAGUCAUUUAAGCAGCGGAUGACGGCUCGCUUCCAGACUUCUGUUCAGGCACUCGAGGAAGAAGGCAACGCCGAGAAGCACCAGCUGGCCGCCAUGCACCAGCAGCGCGUUUUGGCCCACAUCAACCAGCGGAAGCGCGAGGCCAUGACCUGCUACACCCAGGCCCUGACUGAGCAGCCCCCGAAUGCCCACCACGUUGAGAAGUGUCUACAGAAGCUGCUGCGCGCCCUGCACAAGGACCGGGCCCACGCCUUGGCCCACUACCGGCACCUAUUGAACUCUGGAGGACCUGGUGGACUAGAAGCAGCUGCUUCGGAGCGUCCACGCACGCUGGAGCGCCUAAUCGACAUCGAUAGAGCCGUAAACCAGUCGAUGACCAUGCUCAAGCGCUAUCCGGAGCUCUCCGCCAAGAUUGCCCAGCUGAUGAAUGACUACAUUCUGGCACUGCGCAGCAAGGAUGACAUUCCCGGCUCCUCGCUGGGAAUGAGCGAGGAGGCGGAGGCCGGCAUUCUGGACAAGUACCGCGUCGAGAUCGAGCGCAAGGUGGCCGAGAAAGAGCGACUACGGCUGGCGGAGAAGCAGCGCAAGGAGCAGCGUGCCGCUGAGCGGGAAAAACUGCGCGAGGAGAAGCUGCGCCUGGAGGCCAAAAAGGUGGACGACAUGCUCAAGUCACAGGUGGCCGAGCAGCAGUCCCAGCCGACCCAGUCGUCAACCCAAUCGCAGGCGCAGCAGCAGCAGCAGGAAAAGAGCCUUCCCGGCAAGGAGCUGGGUCCCGACGCAGCUCUGGUCACAGCGGCCAAUCCCAACCUAGAGACCACCAAAAGCGAGAAGGAUCUGUCGGACACUGAGUAUGGGGAGGCAACAGUGAGCACCAAGGUGCAGACCGUGCUGCCAACGGUCGACGACGAUGCCGUCCAGCGGGCAGUGGAGGACGUAGCCGCCGCCGUCGCCCACCAGGAGGCCGAGCCGCAGGUGCAGCACUUCAUGACCCACGACCUGGGCCACCGCGAAUCGAGCUUCUCGCUGCGCCGCGAGUUCGCGCAACAUGCACACGCGGCCAAAGAGGGCCGCAACGUCUACUUCACGCUCUCCUUCGCCGGGAUCGCCCUGAUGGCGGCCGUUUUCGUUGGCGUGGCCGUGGCCAAAUGGCGAACAUCGCGCUCGCCGCACGCCCAGGGCUUCAUCGAGGUCGACCAGGUGGGUUGUCAGAACGUCACAACACACCAUCCCAUUGUGCGCGAGGAGAAGAUCGUGCCCAACAUGCAGAUCAAUGGGUACGAGAAUCCGACCUACAAGUAUUUCGAAGUGAAAGAGUAAGCGAGAUGGCAAGAUGGCAGCAUGGGCGCGGCUGGCAAGAGCGAGCGAGUGGCACACAUCAACAACAACAGUAAACGCAACUGCAGCCACCGCGAUUUCAAAAUGGAAAAACUUAAGCGUAUUAUUAAAGCAGAUGGGAAGAGAAAUGAUUUUUUUUCGUGAAAUGAGCGCAGUUUCAAUAAGAAAGAAUGAAAGGGUAGAAGAAGAAAGAUAAAUUCAAUAAAUGGUAAUAUAUCUAUAUAUUAAAUUAAAGCAAGCAGAAAGGCAACAAUAUAAAGCAAGCAAUUAAAUUUAAGUAUUUGAAUGUUUAACAAAACGCCGUAAACAUCCUUUCCAGCUCUCUCUUUCUCUUCCCCUGUCUCUGUCUCUGUCCCAUCACCACACACACACACAUCAACAACAAUGGCACACACUCACACACACUUGCCUCUAACUUUGUGAUUCUUCUUGAGCGCCAGCUACGCAAAGAGAGUAGAAGUGCUGAAGUGAAGAUCAUACACGCAGCCGAACGAAGAGUGGUGGAGCGGGGGAGGAGAGGAUGGAGAAGAGCGGAAGAAGAGCAAAACAAAAGAUAUUCCUAGUAAAUAAAUUGUCGACACACACAUCACAUCCACAUUCAAACACCGAGUCACCCGCAGAACAGUCACACCCACACUCACACAUACAGUGUCAGGAAUGCGCAAAAAAGACACAAACGCAUUCAUGCCUGCUUCGUAGCAUAUUUUUGAGCGUUUCGUGGCAUUAGAACGCUUGCAAGCCGAUCGCAAUUCUUACCAAAAACCUACGCCAUUAAUUAGAGCGGCAGCGAGAGCUAAAAGAUAAGAGCAGGAGGCAGAAACACCAACACACAGACACGGAAUCUCGCACACUGAGACACUUGUGAACCUAAGAGCUACCUACGCGUACUAAUCCCUAUACGAUCGUGCAUAUGCGCUUGUGUAUAUGUCGAACUUUCUCUCUCUGUAAGCCACACACACUCACCAGAGAAGGGAAUAGAACACACAAACCAUACACAAACCACACACGCAUACACGCAAAAUAUAUACAAAAUAUUUACAGCAAAGCCAGAAGAAAUGUCCAUAAAUGUAUUUAUGUAUCUAUACACGAGCCACACAAAGCAAAGGUCGAAGGUCAGCCAGCUAGGGAAGAAUGACGACGCUUGGCGGGCUUUGAAUAUAAUAUACGAAUCAGCUAUGUAACAGAAACAAUGCAAAACGCUAAGCUAAUUGCAGACAGAAACAAAAGAAGGAAAACCAAAUAUUAAAAUGAAAGCGAACAAAUUUUAGAACUUUUUCUGCAUAUUUUGUGUGUAAGUCGAUGGUCGAACAAAAACAACAAGAACAAAAAGAAUUUCUCUCUUUUUUACGUACAUUUUCACCGAAAAGACAGCACAAAACAAGACAGCAGUUACAACUCACAACUCACAGCUCACACCCACACAGCACACACACACACACACACACGCUGCACACACACACACACACACACACUGAACGGAGCCCUUGAGCCAAGUAGAGUUGAGUUGUUGCAUUUCAUAUCGAAGGCUUCGCAAGUGUUGCAUAAUUGCCUUAGAGCCAACUGCGGCAGAAAUCAGAUAAGCGGGCUCGGCGAAUCGCAAAAUCCAGAGAGCUCGCAGCUCGGAGACGGCACCACCUGGAGUGGACGCUUCGAAGAACCCGAGGCCCAGAGAUAAACCAAUUUGAAACGGCUAGUUCAUUUCACGGCUCGAUUGCUUGGCAAAUAUUUGGCCUGUUUUGUUCGAGCAUCGAGAUACUGUUACUCAAUCAAGCCCAAUAAUCGAAAUGCUUUCCCCGCUGAAAGCCGACAAGUGGCUGCCCUUCUCAGUUCGUUUUCCAUUUACGAUUUACGUUUAAUUUCCAUUGCCAAAUUGGCCAUUUUCUUGGUGUGACUCACUUCGGCUGAGAUUAAGUGAAAGCACACACUAACACAUCACAGCUGAAAUUCAUGUUCAGAUCAAAGCUAAAUCAAAAGUGCAGCGAAAGUCGAUAUUUUUCAAAUGUACAAAAACAAAACUGGAAACUGAGAAAACAACACCUAAAUUCAAACCAAAAUAUUUGCUGUACCUCAAAAUAUAUAUAUUCUGUUUCAUACAUUAAUUUGUGACUAGCCAGCUUUCGAUCGGUUUAAGCUUAGGCAUUAUUCGUGGCCCCAUUUUCAGCAUAAGUUCUCAUUCGAAUUAAACUAAAUUGUAUUGGCAAUUGGCAAUUGGCAAUUUGAACGGCAUGAAUCUUGGGAUUGUUUAGAUCACUUGGCUCUAUUGAAAAGAUCCGGGCUAAGAUUGUUACCACGUUUUAAAAGCAUGGCAAUCAAGGCAAAUCAACGGCGCUCCGCGACACACACAUAAACAGACGCGUUAUAUAAUGUAUUACAAACAUAUAUAUAUUUCAAGAGGAAAACCCAAAUGGCAAAUCAACUACACAAAAAGCAAAUAAGAAGAAAUCUUACUAGUCAAAGCUUGAAUAUUUUUUAUUUUAUUCAUUAAUGCAACAAGAACAACAACAAAAAUGAAAAAAGUAUACAUAUAUAUAAAUAAAAAAAAACAACAAAAAAAGAAAAAACAAUUGAUAUUUACACUUAGUGAAGCAAAAAGCAAAACAAAAAACAAAAAAAGCGAAAAGUAUAAGCGAAGAAAGGAACAAAAAAACAAAAAUGAUGCAAAUGUGUAAGAAAUAAACCCCGUCCUGCAUAAAUAAAAUUAAAUAAAAGAAUAAAAUAAAUGGAAACGUAUAGAAUAUCAUAAAGUAAAGAAGAUUUACACGAAAAUUAAAUGCAAAACAAACAAACAAAAUACGAGAAAGCAAGAACAACAAAAUUAUAAUGAAAUCGCAUGUGUUUUUGUCGUAGUCUCAUCAUUGAAAACCAAGUGAAAGUAAAUAAUAUAAUAAUAAAAAAAAAAAAACAAGUAAAUUGUAAUGAGAAGAAACAGCAAAUAAGAGCAACAAUUUGUGUAAUUCUUUUAGUCGAACUAUGAUUUUUUGACGAGCAGAAAACUAAGUUGGAGAAAAGUAUAUAAAAAUUUAAAUAUUAAAUGUACUCGAAGACAAUUGUAAUUGCAACAAUAAUUGUACGCUACAUAUACUAUUAUAAUUGUGGAAAUAUUUCAGCAUUCUGUCCUGGCGACUAAGCCCCGAUAUUUGAUCUUCGAUCGACGAUCGACGAUCGACGAUCUUUGAUUCUUGUCAAUCUAUCCGGUUGGAUAUGUUGGGCAUUAUUACACUAUAGCCGGGGGCGCAAGGAACCCAGGAAAAGCCAGGAAAAUUGUAUAAUGUUUCACACAAAGAUCCAAUAAUGGAAAACCAAAUAUAAAACGUAAGAAUGCGGAGGAAAUACAGAACAACAAAGAAAAGAAAACCAAAACAAUUCUCAAUGUAUAAUCAUAUAAUUUGAUUUUGAAUUUUUGUGUUCUUUUUCGAAAUAUUUUGCAUAAAUAAAAUAAAAUAACAGG